AUGUCAGCGUCCUACUGUCCUUAUCCACUUCGGCAUAAAGGAGGUUGUUUUGAAUCAAAAGCAAAACACGGCAAGUAGCAAAAUGUCAUGCCCGAACAACGUGGCAGCCAACACAUUCCUGAUGGACUCGCUGGUGGGAGGAACAUCUCCUUACAGAGGUGAGAGCUAUUCCACUAACUCUGGAAUGUAUAUGCAAACGUCUGCAGAAUAUGGUUGCUCCAUGAUGGGUAGUUUUGGUAUUGUUGGUACCCCUCUCUCCAAACGGGAUGAUCUGCAACCGAGUGGGAUGCAUCUCAGCAGUUACCAGCACUCACAUUACCUGUCGCAGCGGGACACUUGGAUCGCAGGCUCUAAAACUUACAGAGGCUCACAACCUGUUGCCCAGCCUUUGCACCCAUGCUCGUUUCCAGCCAGCAAUGUGAAAGAGGAAGCGAUUCCUUGUCUUUACCAGCCCGAUAUCGACAGCGCUAAGGAGUCCGCUGAGAAAUCCACCUACAUCCGUCUGGGAGACAAUAACAGCCAUCCGAAUCAAAGCGCCGUCUCCACCCCCGAUUAUUUCCGACGGAGCCAGGUGUACGCCAGUGAAAGGGGCCACCACGGAGAUGAGUUCGGCUCGGACUUUAACCCAAUACCCAGAAUAUCCACGCCUGUUGAGGCACUAGCAGCAGAUUCCUAUGUCAAAAGCAGCAAAGCAAGGCAGGACCCAGAAGACAAGGGAGGGAAUAACCAGGAAGACGACAUGGAUCAGAGACAGACUAGAAAAGAGGAGAGUGUUUCAAAAACAGACAGUUGUACUGAUGAUUCCGAAUGCGAAUUGAAAGCAGAUGAGUCUAAAUUGGAAAAAACAACGGGGAACUGGCUAAAAGCGAAAAGUGGACGAAAGAAGAGAUGUCCUUACACAAAGCAUCAGACACUUGAGCUGGAAAAGGAGUUCUUGUUCAACAUGUACUUGACUCGAGAGCGCCGUCUGGAGAUCAGCAAGAGUAUCAACCUCACAGACAGACAGGUCAAGAUCUGGUUCCAAAACAGAAGGAUGAAGCUAAAGAAGCUCAACAGAGAAAGUCGCGUCCGAGAGCUAACAGGCUAUAGCUUCAACUGAGCGCUUAAGACAGACAAAGGAAGAAAAAAAGAAAAUACAUGCUCUCUCGCGUUUCCCACGUUCAGCCCCUCUCUAUUUUUUAAUCUCCCUUUUUUGAUAAUUUCUCCUUUUGCAUUCACAGACUCACGCACACACAAAUACAAAAUAGCAAAGCACUGGCCCAUGACUUUUAAUGCAAAGGGACUGGAACAUCCUGCAAACAUUUAGUUUACAUUCGAGACUAAUUUAUGAUUUUGUUGAACAGACCAGAAUAAUAAUUGUAAAUAUGCCAGUAGCGUAAGAAAAGGAUGCUUGGUGCAAAUAUUCGUGGCAGAUUUGUAAUUUUAAAAAACCUUACUCAGAAUAUGAACGAGAUGUCUAUUCGAUGUCUUAGAUUAGUUUGUUUGCUGUCAGUGCGCUUGUCCCUACAAUGCGCGCUCUGUAUUUUGCAUGCUUUGUUCUUUGACGUGUAUUUGUCAAUUUGAUGUUUAACUCGAGAGGCUGAUAAAUAAAACGGGGGGUGGGAAAAUAUAAUGUCCUGGUAUGUCCUUCCCCUUGCAUAUUUUCUCCUGUAUUUUGUUGACAGAGAAAUUUUGGGUGAAGAUAGAGAAGAGAGGCAGAAGGAGAAAGUGCCUAGCACUUUCAGUAUGAGUGGGAGACCCAUAACGUUGAUUUAAAUAUUAUCCAGGUGACCACAGUAAGUCAAGGUCAUAAAAUUGUAAUGUCAUGACGGUCCUGGAAAGCGCUGGGGGUGGAUUUUAUGAUCUGCAAAUAUAAUGUGCUGCUGCAGUAAAGAUGCAUUAAAAGGUGAGUGGAGGAGGGCUAAUUCACAUACUCGGAACUGCAAUGUGCUGGCCUCACUGACGCGCUCUGCGGUCUGCCUGGCUGUUUUGGAACCAGGAACCUUUCAUUAUGGAGUAAUGGAAUGCUAUGAUACGAUGGACUGGACACGGAAGAAUCAAAGACCUACAGCGGCGGCGAAUGAAUGAGUGGAUCCUAUAAGUUACGUUAAUCAGACCGUGAGCCGGACGUUCAAGCGCAUGAGGAAAGUGUGAACGUGAGGGCAAAGAGGACCUCAUCGUUGCACUGUGAACUCUAGUUACAAUGGAGCGGAACCCAAGCGGUCUAGAACUGCUUACACUCGCCAGCAAGUCUUAGAAUUGGAGAAGGAAUUCCACUAUAAUCGGUACUUAACACGGCGAAGACGUAUCGAGAUUGCUCAUUCCUUGG